AUGGAUUUUUCCGGUAAAGUUGUUGUACUUACUGGCGCCAGUUCUGGCAUUGGUGCUUCAACAGCCGUUUACUUGGCUAAACUAAACGCGAAACUCACGCUUGUUGGCAGAAACGUAGCUAAUUUGAAGAAAGUCAGAAGUGAAUGUGAGAAAUACACAGACACCCUUUCAGUGGUCGCAGAUUUGACCAAGGGUGCUGAUAUUGAGAACAUCAUAAGGACCACAAUCGAUCGGUAUGGACAAAUCGAUGUCUUGGUUAACAACGCAGGAAUUUUGGAGAUGGGAACUAUUGAAAACACCUCUCUUGAACAAUGUGAUAGGAUAAUGAACACCAAUGUGCGUUCAAUAUAUCAUUUAACAAUGCUGGCAACACCACACAUUGUCAAGACUAAAGGUAAUAUUGUCACUGUAUCAAGUGUGAACGGAUUAAGAUCAUUUCCAGGUGUUCUCGCUUACAAUGUGUCUAAAGCAGCUGUUGAUCAGUUUACGAGAUGCGUAUCAUUAGAGCUUGCACCUAAAGGUGUAAGGGUCAAUAAUGUUAACCCUGGAGUGGUUGUGAGUGAACUGCAGAAGCGUGGAGGCUUGUCCGAGGAGCAGUAUGAGGCUUUUUUGGUGAGAAGUAAAGAAACUCAUGCUCUAGGAAGACCUGGACAACCAGAUGAAGUGGCAGCAGCGAUUGCGUUCCUUGCCAGUGAUUUAGCGAGCAACAUUACCGGUGUCAGUCUACCUGUUGACGGCGGAAGACAUGCCAUGUGUCCACGAUAA